AUGGACUACGUGGCACUGGACGGCGCGCGGCCAUGUGAAGGCUAGUUUUCUUUUUUUUUUCCAAUUUUCUGAAAUCAAUUGCAUGUAUUUUUCGGAUGAAUCGAAAGUUUACAGAAGAAAAAGUAAGUUCAAGACUGAUUUUGCCUACGAACGACAGCACGGGGCCCGGGACGAGCCACAUGAAACUGAACGUGGAUUCGGACGUCGGAGAAGAAGAAGAACCGGCCUCUCGAGUCACCCAGGGGAAAUGGUUCACCGGCGGCAAGAACCCUUUGGUGAAUAAUAAGAUUCGAAAUUUUCAAAAAUUACUCAUGAAACUUUGAAGCUCGUUCCAAAAUACUUGCUUAGAUGAAUAACAAAAAAAAAAGCACUUUCUUCACUUAUAACUGAGAAAAAUAGGCGUUCAAAAUUUAUUUAUUUAUCAUAGAGAGAUUGAAAAAGAAAAAUAUAAGUGUGUUCAAAAACUUUUUUGAUGUUUUCUGACGCAAUCAGUAAGAGGGCCGUAGUAAAUAUAGUCAAAUAAACGACCGUGUUUUCUUAGUUCUUUCCACGAUAAAUUGACUCAACCAUAUUCAGACUUUGAGAAACUUUGUAGUUUUUUUUUCAUUGCUAAAAAAAAAGCUUUGCACAGUUAGAAAAUCUAUAAGAGUUAUCUCAACCAUUCAAGAAAUUUUGAGCAAUUUCAGUUAACAAACUUCACACUUAUUUUUUUCACCGUGUAAGAGAGCUUCCGGAUAAAAAGAAAACAAAGGUAGUUUCAAAAAGGACAUUGUUUUUUUGUUGCAAGGAAGAUUGCGAAAUGAGGAAAAAAAUGAAUAAAUAUAUGUUUUAUUAAUUUAAUUACUCUUUAAACUCUCUAUAAAUGUUCAGAAGCUUUCACUUGGGGGGAUGGACGACGAAGAAGAGGACGAGGAAGAAGAGACGGCGGAGAUGAAAAAGUACCGUCUUCAGCAGCACCUCCGUCAUUGGAACGCUCCUCAGGUCGCCUUCGUCAGGACUUAUUUUUUGAAUUUUGUUCUUGAUUCAGGAGGAGGACUUCCCACCCGACGAGGAAAUCGGCGCCGAUCGGAUUCGCGCAAUCAUUCAAGGCCAAGGGCUUCUGAAUCCUCCUGAGAACCAUAUUGAGGAACCAGUUCGUCUUUCCUCCUCAACAGUACAUUGCGAAAAGCUUGACCUUUGUCUCAAUUUGAUUUUUGUUUUUUUCGCGGGAAAAAAUGUCAAAAUUUCAUAUACACCCAAUAGCAGGAGCACAAUUCCAUGUUCUUUAAAUUUAAUGACCGUUCUAAGUUCUAUGUUUGCGUCUUCUAACAUUCAGGCAAGGCUAGAGAUUAUACUAAGCGAAAGUUAUCAUUUCGAAAAUAAUGAAUAUAGUUUUUUCCAAAGUUUUUCGACCUCGGGCUCGAGUCGCCACUACUGAUUGAGAAGGAAAGAUAUUAUUUUUAAUUGAGUUGAAUAAAAAAACAAUAUUUCUGAAUCCGAAAAUAUUUUUAUUUAGCACUUGGAUGAAGUUUUCUCGAAAAAGAAAAAGGAGCCAAAGUUCUUCGAAGGAUAUCUGUAUGGCGAACGGAUUGGCAUCGGAUCCUACGGAAAAGUGAAGGAGAUCGUCGACAAGAACACUUUGGUCCGUCGCGCGCUUAAAGUCAUGAAGGUCCUACUUUUUGUAACCUUUAAAACAGAAUAUGAAUGCCAAAAGAUUAUCUUCUAUCCGAUCUAUAUAAAAUGAAUUUAGACGUCGAAAAUUCGUCGUAUUCCGAAUGGCAUGGAAAAUGUGCAGCGAGAGAUCGCCAUCAUGAAGAAAAUCAAUCAUGAGAAUGUGUGUCGACUGUACGGCGCCUAUUCAGUGGUUUGCUUCUUUUUUGGCUUAAAUUGAGAAGAACGAAUAUGAAUACAGAUGCCGGAAGACAUCGUCAAAGGGAGAAUUUUCUUAGUCUUGGAAUUCUGCAUCGGGUCCGUGCAGACGCAGCUCGACAGCGAGCUGCACAAGCGUCUGGAGGCCGGCGAGACUCAUCGUUAUUUCCUGCACCUCAUCAAGGCGUCAGUUUCUGCCGGAGCUCUAUGAAUGGAAAUUCUCAGCGUCCUCCGAUUAGAAUAGUCUCGCCGAAAGUGAUGAAGAGCUAUUUUAGGAAAACUGCUUUUCAGAAACUACAAACUUUCUUUUUGAGCUUUUUCAAAAUAGCAAAACCUAUAUGAAUACAUUAGGCCACAUUUUCAAAAAGCGAUAAGAAAUAUUCAAAAAAGUGUAAAAGUCCUGGUGGCCAUAUGUCGCGAUUUCUAUUAUUUCCAAAAUCUGGAAAAUCUGAAACUUUACAGACUUGAACACCUGCACUCGAUCCGCGUUGUCCACAAAGACAUCAAGCCUGGAAACUUGCUCAUUUCCAUCAAUUUCGUGUUGAAAAUUUGCGACUUUGGCGUUGCCGAGCAGCUCCCAUUCUUUCAGGUUUCUUUGUUCCUAGCCCGGAGAUUUUUCGCAUUUUUGUCUAGAAUGAUGGGACGUGCACCAGCGUACAGGGAACUCCGAAAUUCCAGGCUCCCGAGCUUGUUUCUGGAAACUCGAGCAGUUAUGAGUGAGUAUACCUACUCACAUUGGAACUUAUGCGAGUCAUAUUGCCCAGUCUCAGGCAUAAGCUUUUUUUCGGACCUCUACCUAAGGCUCGCCUGACCUCUACGGUCCAUGAAAUUACAGAUUAGGCAAGCCUCUCAAGUAUUUAUAAAAAAAAAUGGCUUUUUCAUGAAGCUUUGCCAUUAUUUUCCUCGCUGAGUUUUUCAUAGGCACAUGGAAUAAUAUUACAGAGGUCUCAUGGCAGUUCGCAUUUUUCUGCUUUGCUUUGGAUCAUGAAAAACUUUUUCCCUUUUGUACACCACAGCAAGAAUUUUUGUUCACACGUUACUUUUUAUGACGAUCGUAUUCAUGUAGAGGAUUUCUAAAUAAAAAAGGUGCAAAAUAAAAAUUAUAUUGUCAGUUCAAAAAGAAAAGUCCGUCGAUGAAGAAAAGACCGUCAGUGAGAACGAUAAAGAAAAAUUUAAAGUGUCUAAUUUCAAUUAAUUUCUUCGAAUGCGACAUGAAAGGUAAUAAGAUGUUUUUUCGCGUUAACCCAUUUUCUAAGUUCAAAUGGCUGUGAUUCAUUAAUUAUGGUUGAAGCUUGGUCUGAAUGUGUAAUCAGCGGCAUAAUCUCCCUAUUUCUUUUGUUACUCGACUCGCCUAUCUUUACUCAUCUUUUCUGGCAUUCCAGCGCGUUCCAAGCGGACGUGUGGUCCUGCGGUGUCACUCUGUACAAUAUCCUCUCCGGCGUUUAUCCCUUUGAAGGACAUGUUAGUGAGAACAGCAGUUCCUUGAAGGUAUGUCAAAGUGAUUUCGGCAAAACUCCACAGGAGACGGGCUUCUCCUCAUUUUUUUUUCUGUCUUUUCGGGUUGUAUGCUUCUCAAUUUUUGGUUCAGAACUUUCCGUUUCUCUCGGGAUCAAUCCUCUUUCGGGUUUCUUGCAGAAGCGGUUUUGGACUCAAAUCCGCCGAAAGCACUUUGAUUACUCCUUCCUCUUUUCUUUCCCUUCUUUCAUUUCCUGAUCAAAUCCUUCUAGGUGAUUAUGAGUUUGUUCGAGAAUAUUGCGACUCUUCCGUUGCAAAUGCCCCAAAACGUCGAGUUGGACGAAGACAUACAAGAGUAGGAGCUCUCUAAAAAACUGUCUUGAUUACUGGGGUUUGAUGUCAGGUUGAUAGUUGGAAUGCUGAACAAGUCUCCAGUCGAGCGUUGGGACAUAAAUCGGAUCAAACGUUGUGAAUGGUUCCGUCGUCGAUAUCCAGAGGUGGGAGAGAAUGAAUUGAGCAAUGUUUUAUCAGAGAUUUUUUCAGGACGAAGGUCUCGGGAAAAUCAGCGAGCGCAUCAGAACGGGCUCUCGUCCUUUGACUUUCGCCGGGAAUCUCGCCAAGUUGUACCCUCUCACAACCGACGACGGCUACGAAGAUGGUGUGUACUUGAGUCAUAACUGUUUUCUCAUGAGAUAAAGUCGGUGGAACGGGAAAACUUGCACCAAAGAGCUGUCAGGAAAAUAGCUUAAUAUUGAGCGCCGUAGCAGACGUUCGCCCAGGUUGAAUUGUGCUCAGCGGAUGCUCUUAAAAUUAGAUCAGGAAUUUCGUAAUCAUAAAGAGUCAUGUCAUGCCAUAUUCGGUUUUUUAGGUAAAAAAUGUAAGUGACUAGGCGUUAAGAGGCUUUCAAAGAGGUCGAAGCGCGUAGUCAAAUGAGGAUGUCUUGUUCCCUGCUCGACUAGUUCCGCUGCAAAUAUUUCUUGGGCUAUAUCUUACGAUUUUGUGAGAUUUAUCAAUUUUCUAAAAAGCUUCUAGAAAAGUAAAUUCGGUGGUAUGACAAAAACACUAGCGAAAAUUCAAACGACGACUUUUCCGAUUUUUUCGUAUCGCUAGGAAACUUUCCGACGGUCACCUUUCCUAUUUCUUUGUGUUUUCAAUCAUGAACCAACUACCUACUUUAUAUAGGAAGAUUUAAAACGAAGAUUUUAUCGAGAAAAAAAGUCGGAAAAAAUUUCGUCGGAAAGGUGGCCGUCCGAAAGUUCUCUAGCGAUAUGAAAAAAAUCGGAAAAGUCGCCGUUUGAAUUUUCGCUGGCGUUUUUUUCAUACCAUCGUAAAUUCAUGCUUUUUUUGAAGUUCUAUAUUAGGGAAUACUAAUAGCAAAUGCGAAUUGAGGAGAAAAGACCUGUUUUUUUCCCGCACUUUUCACAUUGAGCGUUGCAGAGCUGAUGGACCAGCUAUCAAUGGCUGACAGCGACGAGUUUCCGCAGGCCCUCCAGGAUCUGGUCAACGAGCUUCCAGUGCACGACGUGCCGACCACGCCGCCACCGCCGCCGCUGGAAAACGAACGGAAACGGCCGCGGCGCAAUCGCAGCUUCUUCUCUUGCUUCUUCCGCAAUCGCUCUCCGCCCUCUGGCUAG